AUGAUACGAUUGAUUCUAUUAGGAACCUUUUUUGUUUUGUUAACAAACAAACGACAGCUUGAUGCAGCUCGAGAACUCUAUGGUCAAUCAUCAGGUCGAAUCCGUUCAUCGAAUUUGAACAUCGAUCUUCUCAAUACCGGAGCCAAUUCUUUGAAAGCCUUUUAUAAACAACAAUACAAACAGGUUCGUGCUCGUGAACGUUCUUCAACGUAUGUUCAAUCACGUCGUUUCCAUCCUGAUCAAUAUGCUCGUGACACACGUGAUCUUGGCCAGCCAUCGUCCUUUAUGUUGCCGAUAUCUUCUUCAUACUAUUAUACCUACGGUGGACCAGGAACAGCUCUGGUUUCUACCAAUCAAGAAGCAUGUCGUCUGACGGACAGUUUCUGUGCGCGAGAUUAUCAAUGCUGUUCGGGUAAAUGUCGAUGUGUGAGAUGGACAGUUAUGGGUAAAAUGUCGUGUUAUAAAAAAUGUUUUUAA